AUGUCACCCGCAACUUCGUCGAAGGAUGCUCCUGGUCAUGGUCGAGAACAACUCUUCCUGGGCGAACAGUGGUGGGCUUCACGGUGGUCAUGGCUGAAAGGACGAGGCUAUACGCUACGUCCUCGUUACCACCCCAAUUGGAAGCCGUCAUGGAAAGUUGGGAAAGUCGAUGCGAGAAAGUACGAAGAUGGGCAGCUCCCCAAUUUCAACUCCAAUAUCAUGGACGCCACUGCUCGCGAUGGGACUUUCGUUACCCUGAAACGCAUUGACCUCACUCGGCACCCUCAAGAGGUCGAGAUCUCCGUCAUGUUAUCUUCACCUGAACUCGCGAAAGACCCUCGCAAUCAUUCCGUGCGAAUCACCGAAGUCCUAGAGGAUGUGCCGGACGCAUCUGAUACGGCGAUACUCGUUAUGCCCCUCCUCAGCAAGAUCGACGCGCCCUUUGUUGAGACCAUAGGAGAGUUCGUUGCGUUCUAUACGCAAAUCCUUGAAGGUCUCCAAUUCAUACACGAACGUCAUAUCGCUCACUGUGACUUCUAUGGGACCAAUGUCAUGAUGGACUCCGGACCGUUGUAUCCCGUUCCAUUUCAUCCACGCAAAGUUACUCGUCGCCGCGAUUGGAAGGGCAAGGUUCGACCGUACACCCGUACAGAGCGGCCUGUCAAGUACUACAUCAUCGAUUAUGGACUCUCGCAUCGAUUCAAACCAGACGAACCAGCCCCUCUCAUCGUACCGAUCAUUCCCGGCGACAAGUCCGUGCCCGAGCAUCAAGGCAUGAAGGAGUUCGAGGCUUCCGACCCCUUUGCGACGGAUAUAUACACUGCUGGUAACCUCGUGAAUGAAUGGUUUGUCAAACGCGCUGCGGGGUUCGACUUUAUGCGGCCUCUUAUCUCUGACAUGACGCAGGACGACCCCGCUAAGCGUCCGAAGAUCGACGAAGUCGUUCGUCGCUUCUCCGAACUGCGUGCGUCGCUGGAUACAAAACAGCUGCGUUCGCGUGUCAGGGAUAAGUGGACCAUCUACCCGUCCUUCGCAGGUCUACGUUUCUGGAUGCGCAAGAUGAACUUCACGCUCUCCGGGACCCCGCCUAUACCCGACCCCCGUACCUGA